GAUUAUCUCGUCUCAACAUUAAGUCAUUAAACCCUCUUUAUGAUCGUAAAACUUGAAAUUUAAUUAUGGAUAUACUCUACGUUACCUGACACUUGUAAACAAAGCAUUCUCACUUAUCUCUUGCAGCAAGUGAGUCAGUUCCAUCACUAAAGUCUAUUAGCAUUAUGGCAACUUUCCUAGCCCGAAGCGCACUCCGCGCAGUUUCGCAAACCCCGCGUCUAGCUUUCCCUAAAGCUACGACAUCUCCAAUCGCCCUGAAGUCCUGGGUUCAACGACCAGUCUCACGCCGUUUCUUGGCCUCAUCAACCAUACCGUCGGAGCAGCCUCGUCUACGGCUCGGCAGCGAGGCACCUAACUUCCAAGCCAAGACAACACAUGGAGACAUUGACUUUCACCAAUGGCUCGGUGGUUCUUGGGCCAUCCUAUUUUCACAUCCAGCCGAUUUCACACCUGUAUGUACGACUGAGCUCGGCGCGUUCGCCCGGCUCGCCCCCGAGUUUGAACGCCGCGGUGUUAAAAUGAUCGGUCUAAGCGCCAACGACUUGUCAUCGCACGAGCGCUGGAUCGCCGACAUCAAUGAGGUGUCCUCCACAAACCUUCAGUUUCCUAUUAUCGCUGAUGCUGACCGCCGCGUUGCAUUCCUGUACGAUAUGGUAGACGCUCAGGACCUAAGCAAUAUCGACGAGAAGGGCAUCGCCUUCACGAUUCGCUCCGUGUUUGUCAUUGACCCUCAGAAGAAGAUUAGACUUACUAUGAUGUACCCCGCUAGCACGGGUCGUAACACCGCUGAAGUCCUACGCGUCAUUGACUCGCUGCAGACUGGCGACAAGAAGGGUGUCACGACACCUGUUGACUGGCAUCUUGAGGACGACGUCAUCGUACCACCUAGCGUGAGCACCGAGGAUGCCAAGAAGAAGUUUGGUAAUGUGAGGGAGGUCAAGCCGUAUUUGAGAUACACUAAGAUCUGAGUAGGGGGAAGAUUACCUAGCAUAUUUGCACUAGUGUCUCGCUCGGUCGGUAUUCGCACCUACGACUCAAAACAAUUCGAUGGAAAUAAUUCUGGACGCAAGGCAUAUAAACCCUCUAUGGGGUAUACCUUGAGGGCUAGUCUCUAAAAACCUAGUUGUUUGGUGAUAUGUAUCUCGGCACACUCUAACGGAGGUGUUGGGAAACACACCGAAACGAUAAUUAAGUCUUCAUUAGCUGAAAGGCUAAGUUGAGAAUUCUAUAUAGUUAAUCUACAUAUUUAAGAAAAU